AGCUUAGCAUCAUGCAUCUUAGCAGUGAGACGCGUCGCUUCGUUCAAAAGGGAUCGUUAUUAUCGUAGCUCAUGAAGGAUUUUAUAAAAUGCAAAAAAAUGAUUCUUUAGUUUAAUAUCAAAUAUAUAAUAUAGUAUUAGGGGCAAAUUAGUUUUUCAAACGUAAAACAUGUCAUUCUACGUUUAUUUGUUAAUCACUUGGACAUUCACCCUACUAACAUCCGUAUGGGGCAACACUGACGCAGUUUACUUUUCUGUGAGUCCUGAAAAACACAUAGUUACUGAGGGAUCACCGGUGAUAUUGCGAUGUGAGGCGGAGCCGAAAAAUAAAGUAAAGUAUUCGUGGACGAUUGAUGGACAACCGUUGGUUCAGAAUCCUAGAAGAUACUUGAUGGAUGGCAACCUGCAUAUAACAAGGGUUAACAGAAUGUACGACAGCGGUGAUUUUGUUUGUAUUGCAACAAAUCCAACUUCUGGAACUUCAAUUGAAAGUUCAUCUGUGAAAAUCAUCGUUCAAUGGAUUAGUGAAGCAAAAAUCCAACUUCAAGAACCUAAACUACCUUCAGAUAUUCAAAUUAAGGGAGAUGUAGAAUUUCGCUGUCAUGUCGAUGGGUCUGGAGAACUCAAGUAUGAAUGGUUUAGAAAUAAGGAGAAAAUUCAACAAAGUGAUCGCAUCGAAAUGAAGAAAAAUAAACUACACAUACGUGAGGCUAAUGUGGAUGAUAAUGGCGUUUACACAUGCCAAGCGCGGAAUGAAGUCAUUUCCUCCCCUAUCGUGGACAGCUUUCCACUAAUUAUCAAAUCAAAUGACUCAGCCAUUAUCAAGAACGUUCCAAAAAACCUAAUUGUCAAGCGUGGACAAAAAGCAAUGUUCCACUGCGAAUUCGAGAACGCCGACUCUAUCAAAUGGUUCUUCAAUAAUGUCGACUCUCUGGAGCAGAAUGAAGAAAAAAGCAUAUUUCCGAACGGAACGCUAAUAAUUCACGCUGUAGAUUUUGAAGAUCAAGGUUCUUACUACUGCCGAGGGCAAAAAGGCAACACUCUCCAAACUUAUAUGGCCGAACUCCAAAUAGCUUAUCUGAGAAACUUAUCCGUGGCCUCGCUGGAACCAUCCUUGCCUAAUCAAUUGGCCGUUGUUGGCGAGGGUCAGGAACUGCAGGUCACUUGUCUAAUACCGUCCGGUGCUCCACUUCCAAAGAUUUACUGGAAGAAUCUCGAAGGGCACAUUAUCAGCGAUUCCGGUCCAAUCAGAGUUGAGGAGAAUACUUUGAUCAUUACUAAGGCUGACGUUACGAAAAAAUCAGUCAAUUACACAUGUACUGCAGAAAAUUUAGCCGGAACAACAGAAAUUACCGUUCAAGUUUUGGUUUCAACACCUCCAGCUGUUACUUAUUCGCCGAAAUCGUUGACAAUAAUGGAAGAUGAAUCUAUUUCUUUGUCGUGCGGAUACAAAGGAGAAAAUCCCCCAGUGACUCAGGUUAAGUGGUUGAAAGACAAUGAACCACUGAAGGAAUCCGGUGGACCCACUAGAUACAGAAUAAACGAUCACCAUGGGAAUGUAACUCUGUCGUUUAGAAACGUAGAUUUAGCGGACAAGGGAUCGUACAAGUGUGAAAUAUCAACCAAAGGAUUUCCCAGUAUCACUUCCAAUUCAGCCACCAUAACUGUGCAGGAGAAAUUAAAAUUUUCACCUCAACCUGUUAGUCGACGUUUGGAACGCGGCUCCUCUUCCAAAGUUUCCUGCAAGGCUCAGGGUUCAACCAACCCCGUCAUAAAGUGGAUUAAACAAAAUAAUGAGGAAUUCCCGAAAAAUAUCCAAGACAUCAAUGGCACUCUGCAUUUUAACGGUGUCUCGAAGAGUGACAAAGGGCAAUACACUUGUAUAGCAAAAAAUACCCAAGGUUCCAUUAAUCACACUAUAGACAUUGACGUCGUUGUUUCUCCAAAAUUUACAAUUCGUCCAAGUAAUCCGACGGAAGCUGUUGAAGGUUAUUCUGCAAUCUUACAUUGCGAGGCUGAGGGCGAUCCGAAACCAACAAUUCAGUGGGACAAGGAUUCUCGUAUGAAUAGUUUCAAUGACUCCAGAUUUGAAUUUAUGGCAAAUGGAAGUCUGUUUAUUAAAGAAAUUCUCUUGUCGGACGAAGGGAAAUAUGGUUGUACAGCCGGCAACAGUGGGGGAUUGAAACGAGAAGAAAUUCAACUGAUCGUAAAAGUUGGUAAUAAUUUCCGCUCAGAUCUGGACUUUGACACUAUGGAGGAUCAAUCUAUGAUGACGAGGACGGUGACAAUCACACUCAGUGCGGCAGCCGCUUAUAUGAUUCUCGUGGUGGGUUUAAUGCUGUACUGCCGCUAUCGACGUAGGAAACGGAAACAGCAAUAUUUACAAGAAUUGGGAGAAGAAAAACUAGAAAAUGGCGAAGUUCAAGAGGAACAGAUAGAACUGAAAGAUAAAACGAAGGCAAAUGCUACAAAGAAGAAGGAAGGUCAUGACUCUCAAAAAAGCGACGGUGCAGAAACUGCACAAAGCCACAGCAGCAAUAAUUCCAAAAAGUCGAAAACAAGUUACGAGAAAAUUGCCAUCAGUAGAGGAAAUCUUAAACAUAUGAAGCCACUUGGACGGGGUGAAUUCGGUGAUCUUUUCUCAGCCAAGUAUCAUGCUGAUGGCAACAAGGUAAACGACGUGAUGGUGAAAACGUUGGCCAAUGUUAAGGAUGAGAAUGCUUUGCAAGAAUUCAAACGUCACUUGGAUUUGCUGCAUCGCUUGAAUCAUGAGAACGUUGCGAAAUUAAUAGGUCUUUGCCGAGAGGAGGAGCCCGACUACAUGAUCAUCGAGUACACCGAGUGGGGAGAUUUGAAGCAAUUUCUAGUUGCUUCCGGAAAAGAAAAUGAAAAUGUCACAACCUCUUCGUCGAGCUCCAAGUCCCGAGUGCUAAAGCUUUCCGUCUCACAAACCAGCUCACUGAUAUAUCAGGCGGCUUUGGGUCUGAAGCACCUAGCGGACCAUCGCUUGGUGCACAAGGACAUUGCCGCCCGCAACUGCGUCAUCACCAGUAGCCUAACUCUCAAAAUCUCCAUGUCCUGCAUGACUAAGGAACCCUAUCAGAAAGAGUACACCAAGUUCAAAAAUCAAGUGAUUCCAUUGCGCUGGCUGCCCUACGAAGCAGUCUACGAAGACGACUAUUCAACGAAGAGCGACGUCUUCUCCUUCGCCUGUCUGGUUUGGGAAAUAUUCCACCAAGGCGAACUACCCUUCCAUAAACUCAACGACGAAUCAGUGUUCACCCAGCUCAAAGCUAAAACAUUACUGUGGAAAGCCCAUAAAUCCACACCACAAGCCAUACAAGAGUUACAAGUAUCGUGCUGGUCCUACGAUCCACGAGAGAGGCCAAAUUUUGAAGAAAUAGUAUCUAAAUUGAAUGCACCUGUAGAUAAUUGUUUAUAAACAACAUUUAUAAGUUUUUAUAAAAUAUUUAUAAAUAUUUCAUAACAAUCUAGUCAUCGAAACCGUAUGUACUUUAAGAACAUUUUUUUAAAGAAUUUUUUAAAAUUUUAAUUUUAAACUCAACUAAGAAUAAGAAUAAGAAUAUUCUUAAUAAUUAAGAAAGCUUGACUAAACUUUAAUGUUAGGUACAUAUAUAUGUAAAUUUUAUACUAAAGGAAAUGUCCACAAUAAGUCCUUUAAAAAUAAAUUUAAUACAUAAAUUCAAUUUUAUAAAUUUUGUAAAAAUAUAAUAUGUAAACAAGCUAAAAAGAAAGUUAAUUUUAAAAAUUAAUUAUUGUAAAUAUUUAAAUUUUUAACGGUUAAAAUAAUUGAAAUCAGUUAUAUAGGCGCAAUUUUAUUUUCUUCAGUAACAAAUAACAAUAAACAAUAUAGCUCAAUAGUCAUGAACUAGGGAAUAUUAUCAGCUAACCUAACAAUAAAGUAUUGUCAAUUUUGUCAAAAACGAACAACACUUUGAGUUAAUAUUUGAUAAAUAUCUCAUUCCGCAAAUUGUCUUCCAACUUCAUUGGAACUUAAUAAAAUUAUAGUUUUGAGUAAGAAGUAUCGACGAUGUAAUAAAGUAUUUUUGGAAACAUUUUUUUUUUAAUUACUUAUAUAAUUCUGAAGCCGUUGACAUUUCAUAUUUGAGUAAAUAAAGGUUUUUGUAUCUGUUCUAUUAA